UAACGUGUAUAGUGUUGUUUAACCUACGCUUUACCAACUAAGCACUUAGUGAAAUUAGUGUUUAUGCCUGUAGUUUAUGUUGCCCAUUGUGUUUACUAAUAUUAGAAACGCCCAAACGAUAGCUGUGAUCUUAUAUAUUUGACAGCCAUCUAUUUAUUGUGACAAUGUCACGCGUGUACAGUGAUGUUAAUAGAUCAUGUAAACACAGCUGUGUGGAUUGGACAGCGUAGUCAAUUGACAAUUAGUUGGUUCUGAUUGUGAAUUAAAGUUUUGUGGUUGGAUAUACCAUUACACAGGAAUAUCGAUCAUCACGUCUGUCCAACAACUGCGAGCUCACCGAAACCAACCACCGAGCACAGGGAAAUUCUUCGUUUACCCUCGAUGAUAAGAGAAUGCACAAAAAAUAUCUCACACCCUUCAAGUUUUCUUAACGCCUUAUGAAGUUCUCAAAGUGCUCGCUUUUAAGUAGAGGUAGCCAGCAACGAUUUUGUCGCUAAUGCAUGUGUAUUGGUUUUACAAUUCACCAAAAACGUACAUAAGGAAAUAAAGAUUAAACAUACCGGGUAUCAAGAAAUGAAACAGGCUUUUCUGAAACCGGCAGAAUUUGAUCCGUUUGGAGCUCAUUUCGAAUGAUAAAAUAUGGAGCGCCAAAUCUCGAAUGGGUCUCACGAGAUCGAAGGUGAGAUCCCGCCAACGGAAGGUCUUUUGCGGUCCAUCGAGUGCUUCUUCUGCAACGAUCGAUUAACCGACCCGAAGGAAGUCGAUUGCGGUCACGUGUUCUGCUCCGCUUGUUUGAACGAGUACGUGCUGGAGUGCCCAUCUGUCAAUGACGUCACGUGCCCACUGUGUCGUCACGUGAUCCGCCUGCCGGAAACUGGCGUCAGUGCCUUGCCGACGCACGUGUUGUAUCAGGAUUUAGUGCGCGAGGUAAACGCUUUGGACAAUGGAAACACGUUGUCACGUGGCUCGUGUAAAUUCUGCAGCGACGAGAACAAACUUCCCGCCACUGUGAAAUGUGUAGGCUGCAAAGUGCCUAUGUGCGAGGACUGUGCAAGUAAUCAUGUACACAAUGGUGUAAAUAAGGUGAUUCCUAUACACCGGAAACAGGACUCCAUUCUGCGCGACGCUUUGCCGCGCAGGGACACCGCGUGCCCGGUGCACCAGACCGAAUCAGUGCUGUUUCACUGCGUUACUUGCCAAUGUUGCGCGUGCUAUAAGUGUAAGGACGAAAAACAUCAGAAACACGAGGUGAUUGAUAUGAUAGACGCAGCCGCUCCUGCGAAAACGUUCAUCUCUGAUAUUCAUACGCGAGUUAACGAUUACAUUAACGAAACGAAAGAAGCGCUCCACGAUAUCGAGCGAAUUGGCGCCGAAUACGAUAAGAACGUCGACUCGACUGUGAUGCGCAUAAACGAACAAGUUGAUUUAUUAAUCAAUCACAUAUUAAAGGAAAAGAAACGACUUCUUGACGAACUGCAUUCGCACGCGGAAGAUGUGGAGUCCAGACUAAACUUGUGCACGGCGGAAAUGAAUGCCAAAGGAACGCGAGCACAGGCGCUGCAGGACUUGACCGACAACUUGGUAUUCUACGGUACGGAUGCGGAAAACACCAUGUACAAGGAAAAAAUCGACAAACGCUGGAAGGAGCUACAAGAGGCGAAAUUAAGCAGGUUUGGUCAAGGAUACAAAAUGGGUCUAAAUUUUUCCAUGAAUGAGAGGCUGACAACGGUUUUGUCCGCUGAGCUAGGCACGUUAACGGUCUCACAGACCUUAUCGCCGUGGACCAGCCGGAAGUCCGCACCGUUCGAUAGCGUCGUACCAACAGGCCCUGGACUGAUGGACGCGUCCGAACUUCAGAAGAAAAUGCGCGCAGUGAUGUCUAAUGACUUUUCCCUGAAGAGAUCACAGAUCUUCACGAAAUUCGUGGAUUCCAAGUGGAAUCUGGAAACUUACAAGACAUGCAAGGUGACCGGCCAGACGGUCACAGUGUGGCUUAGGAUGGACGAGGAGAGCGAAAACAUGUCCCGCGCGUCGAAACGCAUCUCUAUGCGGUCCGUAUCGAGUCCAUUUCUAAUAGCGGAAGUGGACUCGUUUGACGUCGACGGCGAACACGAGUAUAAGAAAACGUUCGAAAAGCUCCCGGAUGGAACCAUAGUCCGUUUGGCAAUCGGCGCCAAAGACACCAUUAUUCUCGCUGUGUAUCCCGGUCACUAUGCCUCGUCCAUUAUAAGUCAAGCGAAACUGAGGUCCUUAACGAAAAAAGACACAGAGGGCAUUUACGUCGCGGUGCUAGUGAAGGGCCAGUUCGUCGUCGGAGAACUGCGCAAGAUCCCCAUCCCAGAGGGUCCAUGCUUUGACUUUGAAGUCACCAGCCGGAGUCUGAUUGUGGUAAGAUCUUUCACGCAAAAGCAACUCCAUUUAUAUAAUAACCAAUGCGUAGCGUGCGCAACGAACCACGCUGAGCACGAUAUCAGCGUGCUGAAAAUUAUGGAAUCCCCGGACAAUGAGAUCAUUGCCAUGUGUAAGGACCUCGAGGGUAACAUUUUCUGCGAGACCAUUACGGAGACGGCCGAACGUGUUCGGAGAUUUACGUUUUCGUCGGAAUCGCUUUCGCAGAUGAGAUGCGAAUUUCGCGAGGCGCGAUUCGAUCGAUUCGGAAAUGUGCUUGUACAUUUUCAAGCAAGCGGAUGUCAAGAUGUGCUAUACCAAGUAACACGCUCCGCAAACCGGAAAGAGUUACUUACAAAACCGGAACUACUUCAUAAAAUCGACAAGUUGGCAGUUCUGCCGGACGGCAGAUUGUGCGUCUUCGACAAAUUUGAGUGUGUGUUGAUCACUUUAAAAUACUUGUAAUUUAAACUUUAAACCGAGAGAUACUUCAUAUCUUGGAGUGAUUGUCAAUUCAGUAUUCCUACAUGUACAUGUUCGAAAUGUUUUUAUUAUUGUGUAUAUUAACUCGUAUAUAGCCAUUCGGCCUUACUUACUUGUUCUCUGGUGUCUCGCUUGAUGGACCGGUCAGUACUUGGUAAUUUUCAUAUUAAGCACGUUAUCAUUAUAAUCAUCGCCGUUGUCAGAGUUGCUAUUACAACAAGUAUUGUAUAUAUCACAUUUAUAACACAAGUAAGGUCAUUAAUAUCAAUAUUUGGCAUCAUGUUCUUACGUAUUUGUCCCAAUACUCAUGUACAGGAUCUGUUUCAACGAGCCAAUCUAUCAAAUGUUUAGGUCUGCAUGUACCGGUACAUGUAUUAUGUAGGUAUGUUAAUAAAUAGUAGAUAACAAUUA